AAAACUCAACAUAGAUGGAGUUACAUAUUGAUUUCCAUCGGUUCUAAUUUCUCUGGAUCCCGAAUAUAUCUUGACAAUAACCUCUCAACGAUUCAAUUGUUAUAUCUUUUACGUAAUAACGGAUUGUAUUGACAACGAAGUGAUUAAAUAAAUAAUUUUGUAAAAAAUUAUCUACGUAUUAUUAAAAUGUAUCAAUUCAAACCACUUGAAUUUAAUCGGCAUUUUGCGAAGAGUAUUUCACGCCCAGAAGGUAGAGUAAGCUCAACAAUUUACAGUAAUGGCAAUGAUUUGUACAUCUUCGGUGGAAUGGGUACAGUAACAGCUUUUUUUCGUCAAUUUGAUAAUCAGACUGCUCCUCUAGAAAUGAACAUUCUUAUUAAAGAUACGUGGAGUUAUAAUUUGUCUUCAAAAGAAUGGAAAUUGUUGAUGAAUAAAGACAAAAUUAAUUUAUCAGAUAAUCUAAUGCAGAGAAUAAUCGGUGUAAUGUAUGAAAAAAAUUUUCUGAUUAUUUGCACUUCUCACUUUAAUUUUGAUGAUAUACAUCCAAGUUUGAAAUCCUGUUUACAUAUAUGUGAUUUGAAAAACAAAAGUGUUCUUGUUCAUAAUACAAGCGGAGAGAUACCAGAACAUUCAACAGCAAAAAAUAUGAUUCGCCAUGAAAAUUUUUUAUACACAGUACAAUUUGAUAAAUUUGGAGAAGACAACUUUACUGUCUAUCAGCUGAACACCAACACUCAAGUAUGGAAAAUUGUGUAUAAAAGCGAAGAGUUCGAGAGUCGUCUUCUGAAUUCAUCUCUACCUACUUUAGUUUACAAUGGAAAAUCAAUUCUUAUAUUUGAUAAACAUUUUGUUCUGGAUGAGGCAAUGGCGAUAAUUCCUUUUGAUACGAUUCCGCAGUUUGAUUUAAAAGAAUUUACCUGGAAAAUGGUAAACACUCAUGGAGAUGAAAGCAAAGUAGUACAUUUUCCAGAAAAAAUAUUGGAUUACAAUGUAACUCAGUACAGGAAUCCACUAACUGGUGAUAUGAAUGCCAUUUUAACAGGGGGAUAUAGUAAGAGUAAUGGUAUUUAUAGUGAUGUAUGGAAACUAAAUCUCACAAGUUUCAAAUGGAAAUACUUAGGAUUGAUGCCGUCUGAAAUAGGUGAUAAACAUUCUACGACCGUUUCACCUUAUGGUCAGUUAUUUGUCUUUGGAGGAGUAAUAAGAAACUCGAACGGUGUCGAUACAUGUUCAUCUGCGGUUUAUUCAACCUGGCUUUCUAUUCCGAAGUUAGAAGAUAUUUGUUGGCUAGCUGUUCUGCACUAUUAUCCGAAUUUAGCUUUAAAAACUAAAGAAGAAGUAAUGUCACUUGGAAUCUCAUGGAAAAUAUUCCAAUCACGUGUUCAUUAAUUUCAUUACUUGAUUCCAUAUAAUCUUUUACAUACUUUAAUGUUAUUUAAAAAAUUUUAAUUAUUUUCUCAUUUACACGAA